UGGCAGCAAAAUCAGAACCAUGUGAAUUGACAAGUUUCCUAGUCAGUAACACAUCAAAGAUAAAAUGAACUACUUAUAUUAAUAGAAAGCAUUUAUGGAAGCAGAUAUAAGGACAACGGCAGAGUUACUGAUUAAAAAAAUAGCAGUGUUGAAUUUCUCAGAACAGACUAAAUAACUUCGUGCACAUGCUGUGAUUGAAGAAGUGCAGGGCAAGCAAAUAUGCACUACUCUCAGGAAGAUUUCAUUUAAAUUAGCACUAUUUCUUCAUUCAUGAAAUGGGAAAUAGCAGCAAUGAUGAUUAAAAGACCUGUUACAAAGAAAUUGGCAUAAUUUAACUACAGAUCUCUCAAUUGAAUUCAAGUAUUUGAGACUUUUUGCAUUGAAAUAAUAAUGACUUUAAAUAUUAAUACUUUGAUAUUUACCAAUAUCCACUAAUAUAUGUAUCGUUUUUUUUCAUAAUCAUUCGAUGAAAAAAGUGAUACUACCUCCAUUUCAAAAUAAGUGAAUUGUGAAGUCUUUUUUCUUAGUUCAAAAUAAGUGACUUGUUCAAAGUUCAAGAGACUUGUUUGAAAUUUUUUCCAUUUUUGCCACUGAGUUACAUCCUCUAGGUAAUGAUUACAAGAGAGUUAACUGCUCAUAUUUAUGAUUUACUUUGAAUUAUUUCAAGAAUAGUUUGAAAAUAACCAAAAGAGCAAAAGUGGAAAGUGAUAUUUAUUUAUGUCCUAAACUUUUUUUCUUAAUGGGUAUACCAUUCAAAAAUUCACUUAUUCUGCAUUGGAAGGAGUAAUAUUAAGACAAGCCUACUUCCUCACUCUCUUUUUUAUUUUACUCUAUUGAUUACAUUAAAGACUCAAACUACAUGGUAACAAAUCACUAAAUUUCGACUAAUCCUACUUAUCUCAUUUAACUACAAGACAAAUGGAAGUAAUUAACUCUCAAAUUCUUUUGGCAAAAUAAAAUUGAUGCAGAUUUGCUUACUUACAACUUAUAUAAGCACUUAAAUGCAAAUACUAAUUAAUUGGGAAGAAUGGCAUGUAAUUUAAUUAACUUUCCAAAAAUAAACUCCAUGAUAUCCAAUUACAAUAUUUAUUUUCAUUAAUGUAAUUUCCCUUUUUUCUAAGGGACUUAAUUUUGAGUUCCAUCUUAAGAGAAUAUUAUGGCUAUAAAUUGUAUGUCCAAAGCAAAUCAACCAGCGAGUUGAAACUAGUUUAGAGAGAAAAAAAAGUUAUAGCUAAAAUGGCCAAACACCAAAUUUUCUUCAUUUUAUUUAUCACGUUUGUUGCUAUUUUUUUAGCAGAAACAUAUGAAAGUAAAGAGGUUGAAGGAAAUUUGGAUGCCCAGGGAUGGAAAAAUGCACGUGCUACAUUUUAUGGUGACAUGGGGGGUAAUGAAACCAUGCGUAAGUUUUCAUUGUACCUUAGUUCCUUAUGUAUGUUGUUGAGAUAGUUAUCAUAGUGUCGAGACUCCAGACAGAGAAGCUAGAAAUUAUAUUUUUUGAGAAAAUAUUUGAGAUUGAAUAUUUAUAUAUGCAUAUAUACAGAUUUUCUAUUAAAGUUGUUCAAUUGACUACCUUUCCUUCUAUGUGGCGACAACAUGAUGUUAAGAUAUGUUACAACGCGAUGUUGAGAUAUGUUGCAACAUAUAAGACAAAAAAUGAAUUUUCCAUCACAUUUCGCCUACUGUAGGCUUCCUCUAUCCAGAUUUAGGAUUGACAAUCUAAUUAAACUCACUAACUAAGUAAAUUAUUUUAUUUUCAUUUACGUUUUCUUUUAUACACCCUUCAUUUUAAUAUAAAUAAAUUUCUAGCACUUUUUUUAUGGUCCAAAAUGAAAAAAAUUUCAAAGGCCAAAGAUGUAUUUUUUCCAUAAUGUGUGAGUCAAGGGUACUUUGGAAAUAAUCUCUCUACCUUCACAAGAUAAGGUAAGAUCUACGUGCAUUCUACCCUCCCAGAAACCCGCUUGUGGGAUUCCACCGGGUAUGUUGUUGUUGAUGAUGCUUUUUCAUAACAUAGAUAUUAACGUUAUAACAAAUUUAUUUGAAUACUAUAUUGCAGAAGGAGCUUGUGGUUAUGGAAACUUAUUCAAGCAAGGGUAUGGCCUGGAAACAGCGGCACUAAGCACAGCACUCUUUAACAAUGGAUCUACCUGUGGAGCUUGCUUUCAAAUAAAGUGUGUCAAUGCUCCUAAAGCAUGCCAUCCAGACCAAGUCAUAACUAUAACUGCCACCAAUUUCUGCCCUCCAAAUUACACAAAAACUCAUGACGUUUGGUGCAAUCCUCCACAACAACACUUUGAUCUGUCAUUGCCUAUGUUCUUAAAGAUUGCCGAGUACAAAGCAGGGGUUGUCCCUGUUGUUUACAGAAGAGUCACUUGCCAGAAAAAAGGAGGUCUCAAGUUUGAAAUCAAAGGGAAUUCUAAUUGGAUUCUUGUUCUUGUUUUCAAUGUGGGAGGUGUUGGAGAUGUUGUCAGUGUCAAAAUCAAAGGAUCUAAGACUGGAUGGGCACAGAUGUCACGGAAUUGGGGACAAAAUUGGCAGAUUUCUCAGCAGUUAGCAGGACAAAGCUUGUCUUUCCAAGUACAAACUAGCGAUGGCAAAUGGGUUCAAUCUGAUAAUGUUGCUCCUGCUAACUGGCGAUUUGGUCAGACAUUUGAAGCGAAGAAUAAUUUUUAGCAAUUGUAUUUUGGAAAAUGAGUAGUUUUCAAUAAAUAUAAUUUAUGAUCUUUUCUAGAAGAUUUUUUGUUUUCGAAUAAGUUCUCUAUUUUUGAGUGGCCAUUGAACAAGGAAGGAACAUAAGAAGAAGCUAAAGGUGUGGUCUAGCGGUAAAUGAAGCACGAGAACAAAAUUCACAUCAUCUUGGUAUGACAGAGAAAUAGGAAAACUACUUUUCUGACUCUAACUACUAUAUCAUCUAUGGAUCUUCAUACAACCCUAGUCGUUCAGUAAAUACGAACUCAUAAUAUUCAGCCACUUGAAAUUUCUACCGAUUUGAGCUUUCCUAAUACUUUGAAAUAACAGCUUUAGACUAGGCUAAUUGAUCAGAGCCGAGGUAAAAACUAGCAGCAUAACACAAAAAGAAACAUCACAGACCGUUUUUAAGUCAGAAUUAGAGAUAA